AUGUAUUGCCCCGAAGAUACCCCGUCAAGCACUACUAGCGUUGACGAUGAUGCACUGGAUGGAAGCGUUGGUGUCAAGUCGGGAGAAGCGGAGAUUGUGCGGGGUGAAGACGGUCGCACGGGCCGUGUGAAAAGCCUUGCUCUUGCGCCCGAUGGCCCGAUAGCCCCGCCCGAUACAGACAGAAACGGCCAGGAACACCAAUCACUAACCGAGAACUAUGUCCCCUUCCCGAGAAGAUCGCGGAGAAACUCCACUCCUCCGCAAUAG